AUCUUUUCCCUCUUUUGACUUGCUCUCCUCUUCUUUUUUUGCUCUGGCGCUCCCCCUUUCUCCAUUUCCUCUCUCUGUCUUCCUCUCCAUCUCUCCUCUUACUGCCUCCCCCCUCUCUCCCCUCCUUCUCACUCUCUCUCACUCUCUCUCUCUGCUCCGGCACUGCAGUGCUGAUUGUGAUUGCACACACACUCACACACACACACACUCACUCACACAAGCACACACAAGCACACACAGGAGCGUAGCUGAGAGGCAAGGACUGCAGCAGCAUGCACCAACCGCGGCUGAGCUGUUCAGGGACUCGAGGAAGGGGAACUGAGGAGAGCAAAUAGUGUACUAUCUCACACAAGCCUGCGUGUGCAUCUUUGCAGCGGUGGGAACGAUGCAUUUCAAGAGCGGAUAGCUUAUGUUAUCCGGCCUCCUCUGCACUGCCUCUGCAUCCCAUUCACCCUGCUCCUCCCACUCCAACGCUUCCUCCUCCUCCUGUCUACAGCAUCAUUAGACAGGACUACAGAUUGACCGGGACUGACGAGUGGUGGAUGGUCAGGUUUUGCCCCGGCUGAAGGAUUCCUCUGUGGCUAUGCUACAUCUAAACCUGCACUGAUGGCUGGAUUGUAACUGACAUCGGCGGCUAGAAGAAAACCCGUAACCAGCAAGGAGUCUUGGAUGUGUGUGUCAUUCUUUACCAGUGUUGUCAUUGGCGCAUUUCCUCUUUUUCGCUGGUUGUUUUUGCCUUCUCUGAGACUGGCUAGCAGGCACUGCAGCAUCAGGACCGCAAGACCCAUGAAGCGGUAGGGCAUGAGGACCCAGGGGCGACCCAAAGGAAGGGCUUGAGUGCUUCUAUUGCUACCACUGCUGCUGAGGUGCUUAUCUUGAUUUUUUUUCCCCAGAAAAGGGUGUCUGGUGGGGGUUGGGGUGGGUGGUGACAGCACAGGUACCUAGGCCCCUGCAGAGCAGAGCGGGUGGCUCUUGCGUAGAGGAGGCAGGCAGGACGUCCUGUGGGAAAGGGGGGAAGAAGGGUUGGCUCGAGCGUUGGGCUCCUGAUGGUGGCUAUUUUUGUCUCCCCUAGCUGAGUGAUUGGGACAGCGGGUGGAAGAGAAGAUGCUUAUGGCCCGAGACACGGCGCGGGACGAGGCUCAAAAGCUACACAGGAAGUGGCUGAAGCACCAGGCCUUUAUGGCAGAACUGGCCCGCAAUAAAGAAUGGCUGGCCAAGAUAGAACAGGAGGGUCAGGAGCUGAUCCAGGAGAAGCCCGAGCUGCGUUCAGUCGUGCAGCAGAAGCUGGAGGAGAUCAGGGAGUGCUGGUCUGACCUGGAGACCACGACUAAGGCCAAGGCCCGCCAGCUCUUCGAAAACAACAAGCCCGAGCCAGCAGUGAAGAGUUACUCAGACCUCGACAACCAGCUCUCCCACCUGGAGCAGCAGCCUCCCCAGCUGGAACAGGCUCACCAUCUGCCCACCUUCAAUGAGCAGCUCCAGAAAUUCCAGGCUAUGGAAUCCCAGAUUGGGGACUUCUACAAGGAUGUGGGAGAGCUGGGAAGCUUGCAGGGCCUCUGCCUACCCCAGCGAGGGCUGAUGGCAGGUGACAAGGAAGGCGGCGAGCAAUCAGGCGUAGUGGAGACCCGCAUCGUCCGCCUCAUUGAGCCCCUGAAGGAGAGACGCCGCAUCCUGCUGGCAUCCAAAGAGAUGCACCAAGUGGCCCAGGACCUGGAGGAUGAGAUAUUGUGGAUUCAGGAGAGGCUUCCGUUUGCUUCCUGUAAGGAUUAUGGGAAUAACCUCCAGAGUGUACAGCAGCAUGUAAAAAAGAACCAGACACUUCAGAGGGAGCUGACAGGCCGGCGAGCACGCGUUGAGGAGGUUCUAGACCGAGCUGGAAUCAUCGCUUCGCUGAGAACUCCUGAAGUGGAGUUUGUGCGUGAGGGGGCGGGGCAUGUACGCCAGCUUUGGGAGGUUUUGCAGCUGGAGACGGAGAGGAGAUCUGUGAUGCUGGAUGCUGCCCUGCAGUCUCAGCAGUACUACACUGAGGCAGCCAAAGUGGAGUCCUGGCUGUCGGGACAAAAGCUUCAUCUGGUCAAUGAAGAAAAAGGCACGGAUGAGUCGAGCACCUUGCAGCUGCUGAAGACCCACCUAGCUCUGGAGCAAACCGUGGAAACAUAUGCGGAGACAGUGGGCAUGCUAUCCCAGCAAUGCCAGCGUCUACUGGAACUAGGACACCCAGACAGUGAGCAGAUCACCAAGCAGCAGUCCCACAUAGACCGACUGUAUGUGUCUCUGAAGGACAUGGUUGAGCACAGAAAGACCAAGCUGGAGCAGCAGUACUGGCUCUAUCAGCUCAACAAGGAGGUUGAGGAGUUAGAGAAGUGGAUCACUGAGCGCGAGUCGGUGGCCAGCUCCACAGAGCUUGGCCAGGACCUUGAAGACGUUACGGUUCUUCAGGAGAGGUUCACCAAGUUUGUCUCAGAAACCAACAGCAUUGGCCAGCAGCGGAUGGAGCAGGUGAACAAAAUGGUGAACGAGAUGAUUGACUGCGGCCACUCGGACGCAGCCACCAUCGCCGAGUGGAAAGACGGACUGAACGAGUCAUGGGCCGACCUCCUGGAGCUGAUGGAGACCCGCAGACAGAUGCUGGCAGCAUCGCACCAGCUGCACAAGUUCUUUACUGACUGCAAAGAGGUCUUGGCUCAGAUCGCAGGGAAGAUGAAGCAGCUGCCAGAGGUGAGGGCGUGCCAAGCCAACAUCACCAAUCCAGCCACCCUGCAGAGACUCAUGCACUCCUUUGAGCAUGCCCUUCAACUGCUAGUUGCACAGGUGAGGCAGCUACAAGAGAAUGCUGCCCAGCUGAGGACCAUCUAUGCUGGCGAGAAGGCUGAGGCAAUCAUGGUCAAAGAACAGGAAGUGAUGGAGGCUUGGAAGGAGCUGCUGAGCUCUUGUGAGGCCAGUCGCGUCCAAGUGACUUCAGUAACCGACAAAGUGCAGUUCUUCUCAGUGGUGCGUGAAAACCUUAUGUGGAUGGAAGGCAUCAUGGGCCAGAUAAGAUGGGAUGAGCCAAGGGAUUUGACAGCUCUGGAGGUGAUGAUGAAACAACACCAGGAGCUGAAAGCUAAAAUAGAUGGCCGCAGCAAGACACUACAGCAGUGUGCAGAUCUCGGCAAGAUCCUGAUAGCUGCGGGAAACCCUGCAUCAGAGGAGAUAAAAGAGAAGCUGGACUGUCUUCUUACUAAACAGAAGGAUCUGGUUGAAAAAUGGGACAAACACCAGGAAAAGUUACAGCGCAGGCAGGAAAAUUUCCAGUUUGCCCAGGAGACAGUAAAGGCGGAAGCCUGGCUGAAGGCCAAGGAGCCACUGAUCACCUCCAAGCAGCAAGAGGGAGGAGAGGCCCAAGCCCAAACCGACGAGGUUGAGCAGCUCAUCCUUCGCCAUGAGGCCUUCCGCAAGGCUGCUGUAACCUGGAAAGAACGGUUCAGCUCCCUCCGCCAGCUUUCCGCAGCUGAGAAGAAAAAGGAAGAGGAGAAAAAGACAACUCCGCUCUCCAGUCGAAGGAUGUUCCCAUUAUCUUGUCUGACUCCCAGUGUUCCCUCAACCAGUGCUACCUCUUCUUUCUUGAGGCAGACGGUACAGGCGCAUAUAGAACCUAAAUCUUUACAGACCAGUUUGGAUCUGGGUGCCACGCCUGCAGCCCAGAGAUUGUCUUCAACGCUAGCCAGCUAUAACCCAGUUCUAAAUGGAUCAGGCUACCACGGACUGGAACAGCAGUGCAGUGGGAAAUUGGCUGGCACCUCAUACCUUGGGAUGAACCACCAGGCAGCUGGAGGUGGUAGUGACUCUGGUUUCUCAGCACUGACCUCCCAGAGUGGUGGAGCAGACACCUCUACUUACCUUGGGAUAAACCAUCAAACAGCUGGUAGCGCAGAGAGCUCUGGGUACUUUGGACUGACUUCUGGGUGUGUGGGUGGUAUGCAAAACCAUCUAGCCAGUGGCAGGUUAGGAAGUUCAGGUAACCUAGCUCAACAGCCAAGCAGUGGAGGUAUAGGAAGCCCUGGCUUUCUCCCUCAACAGAAUAUGGGCAGUUCUGGAUAUUUGGCACAACCACAAAACCUGGGAAGUUCUGGAUAUUUGGGACAGCAGCCUAAUUUAGGGAGUUCAGGAUAUUUGGCACAACCACCUAAUAUGGGGAGUUCUGGGUAUUUGGCACAACAGCCCAAUAUGGGGAGUUCUGGAUAUUUGGCCCAACAGCCCAAUAUGGGGAGUUCUGGAUAUUUGGCCCAACAGCCCAAUAUGGGGAGUUCUGGAUAUUUGGCCCAACAGCCUAAUAUGGGGAGUUCUGGAUACCUGGCGCAGAAUUAUCAGAGCCCCGGAGGAAUGGGCAGCUCAGGCUACCUGGCACAAAAUCAUUACAGCAGUGGAAGUCUGGGCAGUUCUGGUUUCUUGGCUCAGAGUGGUGGCAUCAUGGACCCUAAAAUGGCAUAUGCAUGGCAACACCUGAAAGCUGACUUCAUGCAGCCCAGGAUCAACCACAUUCACAAGGCUGUAAAUCCUCUCCUUGAAGCCAGCAGAGUGCAGCGAGAACAGUUUGGGGACAUCCCAAUGGCAGACAUGAUGGGGCCUGAGUCAGGGCUGGAGCUCCUCCACGGUCGUCUCCAGAGGGAUCCCCGCGGCAGCAGAUCUGACCCUCAGAUGGACCAUCUGAGGCGAGAGAGGGAGUACAAGCUGGGUAGACAGACCUCCAGCGAACAGGAAAUCCAGGCCAGACUGAACGAGCUGCCGUUAAUUGUGCGGCAGGAACGCUACCGGAGGCGCCUGGAGAGGCAGUCAUCUAGUGAACAGGAGGGGAGUGGAAAGCAGAGGCUGCAGAGACAGGACUCGAGUGACCUGGAGGGCUCCGUUAAGGAGGGCUCUGACAAACGCUCAGGAGAGAAGAGAUCUACCAUGGCAGAGAUUGUAGAACAGGUCCAGGAGAGAGAGGCAGCACAUGCACGAGGAGAGCCCUAUCGACCUCCUAGCAGCCUCUCAGCACCUGUGACACGUUUUGAUGGACGUCCACGCGCCCGAGACCGGCCCAAACCGCGGAGGAGGCCCCGUCCAAAAGAGCCAGAGGAGACUAGACGUUCUCGCUCAGCCCCAGCUACUGGUGCCCCAACAACACCCCAGCCGCCUUCUCACACUGCCCAAAACGAAGGCUUCCUCUACCGCAAAAAGGCCACCAGCUCUGACCUUGAAGCUCAGCAGAGGAGCCCGAACAGCAAGUCUUGGGUGAAUGUAUACUGCGUGCUGAAAGAGGGAACUCUGACCUUCUAUAAGGAUGGAAGGAACCACACCGCAACGUACAAUGGAGAGCCUCCCGUUGACCUUAGUAACUGCUCAUUUGAUCCUUCAAUGGGGUACAAGAAGAAGAAAAAUGUCUUCAUUCUUAAAAUAAACGAUGGCAACAACUUUGUAUUCCAUGCAAAAGAUGAGGAGGACCUGAAGGCUUGGACUUCAAAUAUCACCACUUGUAUAUCUGAACAUGAGGCCAUGGCCACGUGGGACAAGCCAGGCACCUCCUCCAUGGACCCCGACCGUUCAGAGAGGAAGGAGAAGUCGGAGGGGGACGCAGAUGCCAGGUCAGAGAGGUCCGAGCUCGCAGAGGGAGAGGAGAGGUCUGAGAAGGAGCGGUCAGAGAAAGGCGACGGCUCUGAGAAGUUAGACACAUCUGAAAUUGCUGACAAGCUGGAGGGUGGGGCGGGGGGCUCCAGCACGUCUGGAAAGAGCAAAUGAGGAGCCCCCUUUAUGUUUUAAGUUACUCACUGACAAAAGGCAUUAGAGGCAGUGGGUGGGAGGGAUGGAUGGAGAGCAUGUGCAGUUAGGUUUGCAGAUCCUCAGUCACAGAGCUGGAACAAACUGAGGCCGCGGUCCUUGGACUGACUAUUGUAACUGUGACAGACUAAUCUCUCAGCCCCUCCCCUUCACCCAGGCAAUACAUCAGUGCUUGCAUUGUGCCACCUGCUGGUAGGAGGUUGGCCCAGACAGACAGACCGACAGACUGACAGACAGACAGACAGACAGACGGACAGACAGACUCCAACUAAUGGUCCCAGGAAAAAGUCACUGUCACGUCCCAUCGUUGAUCGUUUAAUCUCUUGGAUUCACAGCAUCUUUCUGUAUGUAUCUUUGACUGAUCAUGUAAUGCUCUGUCUACCUAGACAAACCUGAGAAGUGGUGAAUGAAAUGUUUCACAAUAUUAAAAAAAAAAGAAAAAAGUUUUUUGAAGCAAUAUACUUUUUUAUUUUUUCUGUUUGUUAGCGACAGAAAGGGGGGGAAAGGAAACAAGAAGUACUAUAAGAAGCAAAUGUAAACUCUAUGAUUUGUCACAUCCGUGUAAGCUUACUCCAGGCAGUCGUGCACCUUAGACACUUGACACAUCUGUAUACUAAUCAUAAUGGCAUUUAAUCCCAUCACGUGGCAAGCUUUCAAUCAUGUUAAUAUAAUGGAAUGCUGGUGUUACCACCUGACUUCAUUGGUGUCGACGAAUACACAUUGCUACAGUUUCAUUUCGGUUGUUAUUAUUCUGAAUAUUAUUACUAUGAUUUGUCCACAAUGAUCCAUCUCAAAAAAGAGCUUUCCAUCAAAUUCUAAUCCAUCAAUCCAAGGUGUGUUCAAAGUGGCAAUGCGCAAAGUAACACUAAGCCUAUGUGACACAGCGCCUUUGUAUACAUGGCAAAAAUCAGAACAUUGCAUGAAAUAGUCUAUUAGUGCACCUGUUAAACUUGCCUUUAUUUUUAUGUUCUCGACAUACGUUGGGCAGUAUUGGAAAUGCAAUAAUUUAAUGUGAGUGGGGGGGGGAAAGUGUAUUUUGCUAUCAUGGUCCAGGUUCUGAAAAUCCAGAGGCAAGUUUGACAGUGCAGGAUUGUCUUCUGUCCACAGUCAGCAUGAGAAGAAGGGGACGUUUAUAUCAGAGAAAUGACUACUCCUUCAUCUGUAACAUGAAUUAAGAAGAAGUCAAAUGGCCCCUCUGCUGUUUGUACUGUAUUACUGCAUUUUAUUUUUCACCGAAUGUGCGGAUUUUGGCUGUGAAAUGUUCAAUCACCACCAGGUUUGUGGUGCCCUAAAUUGUAAGACCCUGAAGCAGUUCUCUGAGAGCUAAACCUCUCUGUACCCUUUGUCUUUUUAUUUGAAGUUCAAACCGAUUGGAAUCUCUCCAUCAAAGGCAAGUCAAAUGUAAAACUGUCAUGAUUCGAGUCAUGAAUUGUAUAUACCUAUCUUUGUAUGUAUACCAAUAAAUCCUGUGCUCUAAUAAAACAAUACUCUGAACUAAAAUGGGUAAAAACAAAACAUUUGUAUUAAUCCACCAAUAAAAACAGUCAUCACGCAGAUAUAUUAAUGUUUAUUACAUUUAAAUGAAAAAUAUGCAAAUUAGGAGUCACGAUCAAUUAUCAUAGUGUAUAUAUAAGUACACCAGUAUCAUAGUUGUAUUAAACACCUUUUACCAGGGAAGAGCAGCAGGACAUACUGUAGGUAUGCUUGUUGUAUUUUUAUAUGCCUAUAUUUAUUCAUAUCUAAUUCAGGAGUUGUCCCGCGGCCCAAAUAACAACCUGUAACGAUAGCUGAUUGAGUAGUCCGUGUGUCUGUGAGAGGUGUGCUAAAUUUAUGUAUUACAGACAUGACUAAAUCUACCAGCUUGGGCAGUUCAGUACAUGCUGCUCUGGAUAAUCAAAUUAUUGGUGACUAAACUGAAGUACAAUGUGUGUGAUCACAGAGUUGAACAGACAUUGGUUAACCUAUUGUUUAUCAUGUACGUCUAUCCUUUUUUUUUUUUACAUGUGUAAGUACAAAAAAACUUUCCAUAACGUCAAUAAAAUGUGGCCAUUUUGACAAUAUAAAUAACAAAAAAGGAGGAAAUACACAUCCAGUGUGCAGUGAGUCACAGGCAGCAACCAAGACUUUCUUCAAAUUUGGCUGUUAGAGUGGAUUUUAUUUGUUCGUUUUCCAUCCAGUCAAACUGCACCUGAUAUGUAUAAAAAUGACUUCUUAACAGUCUUCCUUUCUAAAAACACCAAAAGUAUAUCUCAGAUUCAGCACUAUUGAAAUCCACUGACUUGGGGAUUGUAGUGACAGUGUGCUGGGUCUGUGUGCGCUGCUGCAGCCUUCAGACUGGUUGAAUGAGAGCAGAUGAGCUGUGUUACAAUGUGAAUGUUCUUUUUAUGUUCACUCACUGUUUGUUUUUACAUAAGUGCCAUGUCAUGCAAGUUUGCUGGAACAGCGGUUGAGAAGAGAAAACAAUGAGUUGUUUAAACACGAAUGACGUUUCAUUUGACUUGACACUAGUCUGACAGUGAGCCUGUCAUUGCAAUACAUAUUUUUAUCAUUGAAAUAGGAGCUAUAGUAUUUUCAUGUGGCUGUAAUUGUUCUGAUUCAUGGCAGAUAUUUAGCCCGCAUCACCAUGUGCAUUUUAAGUGUUUGCUUCCCAUCACUUUUAUGAAACACACAGGGGAUAUUUUCCACUAUGUUAUAGCAGUCGAAAUUAAAUAGGCAGCAUAAACCGUGACUGAAGACAAAAAUAUUGUGCAAACUUUGUUUCCUUCAUUGAUGGUCUUACAAGUGUGUAUGUCUUUGUUACUUUACAUUACAACUUGCUGCUAUGACAUUAAAUAAACCUCCAAACUUGCUGACGCAAACCUGACGUGGAAUUGAUGUGGACGCACAUGCUGGUCACACACAGACACACACCUAAUGGGAACUGUUUCUAACGUGAAUUCCAACGACACAAUAAGCGCUUCUCUUCACAGCCUUGAAACUAGCAGUCAGACUUCACCGUAAAGGAUACAACACUGUCAUCACGACGAAGCAGCUGCACUGAUAAACACCUCCGGUUCACGAUGAACCUCAUGGAACAAAUUUUGGGGAUUGUACAUUAGAUUCAAGGGUAACAAACAGUGUAGUAAGUAGGUAUGGCAUCGCUAUGUUAACACACUCAGCUGAAACACUAAUUAAAAUGCUGAAAACAUCUUUUUUUUAGACCCAUCACAGUCUGUGUGCGUAUUGAAUGCCCCCUGGAGAAAGAGCUGAAGUAGCCUUCAUACUGAUACCUUGCUGCAGGACUGAAUCAUUGCUGGAACUCAACCGAAGGGCUGGUAUCCUCCAAACUGUGUCCACGUCAAGGGUUUAUCCAAAUGCUUCAGAUCUGUCCGGUGUCCUUCUGUACAUACAGUAACCAGUGUGACACACAUUUUUAUGCUGUAUAUAUGGCUUUUCUUAUAGCAACCAAUGAAAACCCUCUCAUCCAGGCUACGUAUGGUGCAGUUUUAAAUAAAAUGUGAAUGGACAUGUGAAUAAUUUAUGUGAGUAAAAAUAAAAGCUGAUGCGACUUUUGUUCUGCACUGAAGUACAGCCCCACGCACAGUGUGAAACGGUGGUGAUGCAGGGUCUGUUCUAUUCAACAAAAACAUACAUGUAAACAGUAUUGCACAAAUUCCGCACAACUUGAUGUAUGUUUUCAGAAUGUACAUUUGAAUUAUGAUUUGUUUUUGAAUUGAAUAACAUCUGCCAAUAUCUGUCUGUGGAAAUAUGAAAUAUGGUAUUGUCUCAUAAAAUCAGUUCAGCCCUUAA